AUGGCACCUGUUGCGUUCAAAGGGAAGCCGGGAGGCUAGCGCGGCUGGUCGCGUGAACGCAUCGCGCGCACGGUUAAUCCAACACCUCAAAAAAACUCAAGAGUAACAGGCGAAACUGAACAGGCGAACAAACCCUCUCGUGAUAGACGAAGAAACGCUACUAUUAUCAAUAUUAUCAGACCUCAGGAAGCAGCACGUGAUUGACUAAUCUUUAUACAGGAGUUCGUUUCCAUCCGACCAGCAGAAUGCGUCUCAUGCGGCGGCGUAUCUCCCCUCUCAAGCUUGCCGUUUUGGGUGGCACGCUUUUUAUGGUGAUUCUUGUGGUUCUCCAGAGGGACGUCGGCAGCAGUUCCCUACAGGACCCCUGGCUGCGAGAUCUUUCUGACAAAAAAGAAAAAGUGUUCGAGAUGGUCCGCGGAGCGGUCAACAACUUCGGUUUCCAGAUCGGAGCCCCGCAGCCCCCGCCGGUGGAGGUGCAGCCCACCCCUGACAAACAAUGUCCUCCGGGCUUCUACACUCAAGCGGACCUCAAACCAUGGAUGGAAAGACCACCCCAGGACCCUCAGGCUCCCGGAGCUGAUGGCGCGGCCUUCCAGAAGGCCAGCAUGUCUCCGGAAGAGGAGAAGGAAAAAGAGGAGGGCAUGACCAGGCACUGCUUUAACCAGUUUGCUAGUGACCGGAUCUCCUUGCACCGCAGUCUCGGUGAUGACACCCGCCCCCCCGAGUGUGUCGAGCGAAAGUUUCGCCGGUGUCCUCCGCUUCCCACUACCAGCGUGAUCAUCGUUUUCCACAAUGAAGCUUGGUCGACACUUCUGCGUACUGUGUACAGCGUGCUGCACACCUCGCCGGCGGUUUUCCUUAAAGAAAUCAUAAUGGUGGAUGAUGCCAGCACAGCAGACCACCUCCAGGGUAAACUGGACGAGUACGUGAAGUCGCUGAAGAUCGUGAAGGUUGUGCGUCAGCCGGAGAGGAAGGGACUGAUCACGGCAAGGCUUCUGGGGGCAAGCAAAGCUCAGGGAGAUAUCCUCACCUUCCUGGACGCCCAUUGUGAGUGCUUCCACGGUUGGCUUGAGCCACUCCUGGCUCGUAUUGUGGAGGAACCCACUGCGGUGGUGAGCCCCGAAAUCACAACCAUCGAUUUAAACAACUUCCAGUUUCACAAACCCGUGUCGACUGCCCGUGCCCACAACAGAGGCAACUUCGACUGGAGUCUCACGUUUGGCUGGGAAGCAAUUCCAGCCUAUGAGAAUGCUAAACGCAAGGAUGAGACGUAUCCUGUAAAAACACCAACUUUUGCUGGUGGCUUGUUUUCUAUAUCCAAGGCCUACUUUGAGAAAAUUGGGACCUAUGAUGACAAAAUGGAGAUCUGGGGUGGUGAAAAUGUCGAGAUGUCCUUUAGGGUGUGGCAGUGCGGUGGACAGUUGGAGAUAAUUCCUUGUUCUGUCGUGGGUCAUGUCUUUCGCACCAAGAGUCCUCACACUUUCCCCAAAGGUACAGAGGUCAUUACACGUAAUCAAGUGCGUCUGGCUGAGGUGUGGAUGGACGACUACAAGCUGAUUUACUAUCGACGCAAUCAAAAUGCUGCUAAAAUGGCCAAGGAUAAAAAAUACGGUGAUAUAUCGGACCGUCUAAAACUCAGAGAAACGUUACAAUGCAAGAACUUUACUUGGUUCCUAAACACCGUCUAUCCAGAGGCUUUCGUCCCUGAUCUUACCCCGAUCAAGUUUGGAGCCCUAAAGAACGGUGGAUCACAGCAAUGUCUGGAUGUUGGAGAAAAUAACAAUGGUGGAAAGGCUAUGAUUAUGUACACUUGUCACAACAUGGGUGGCAAUCAGUACUUUGAGUAUUCAUCACACAACGAGCUGAGGCACAACAUAGGAAAGCAGCUCUGUUUGCAUGCGACACAUUACCCAGAGCAAGUGAAGAUUGAACUCUGUACAUUAAAGGGCAAAGGCAGUAGCCAGACUCCUGAACAAGAGUGGGUGUUUACAGAAGAUAAUCUAUUAAAGAAUCCCAGCUCUGGAAAGUGUCUCCACCUCAACGGCAAUCAGAUAGUAAUGAGUCCUUGCAAUCCAGUAGACCUUCACCAGCACUGGGCUUUCAGUUGAACUCGCACUCCAACCAAGGAGCAAGGACGUUCACUCCCAUAAGUCCCAAGUGGGAGAGCCAGCAGCCACGGCUCAGGCUGAAAUAAGUCUGAAUAUUGUUAGCCUGACUGGAAGUGUAUUGGAUAGAUUAAAUAUCCAUGAGCUACCGAAAGACAUUGUGAUGGUACUUGAGUCAGGACGCAAAUGAAGAUCAUGCACAUCAAACCCACUGGAGCAUUGAAAAGUGAACUAUUCAGCAAAACACCAUUUACUGAUACAUUUUAUUGACUGUUUAAUUAUGAGUACUGCUGCUUUUUUAAUGGUGUAGGUUUUAUUUAUUUAUAAAGAAGAAGUGGAUGCUUUUGAAACAUUUGUUAGUGUUAAGGCCCCUGAAUGGUCAUUCUUGCCAAUGCUGUGUGGGAUGAGGGUUGCCUUUCAAAUGCAGGACCAGUUUUUUGGUCCCUCUUUAGUCUCUUGGAACUUGAACCAUCAGUAUGUGAAAUGUAAAUAUUGUAAUUUAUGUGCUAUUGUGGAGGGGUGAUGUCUUUCGGGAAGUGUGACUCUAAAGCUGUAUGAAUUCACCUAAAACUGUUUCGUGGAUUGUUCUUUAUAAAGCCUAAAUCACGAUGACUUUUGCAAUUCUGUAGUAUUUUGGACAUUUCAAUAUAAUUUAUGAACCUUUAGAGAUGUGUGCUGGUAUUCUCAAAUGAUUUUCUGAUGUGUUUGUUUGAUUGCAAAAUCCUUGGUCACCACAGUUUCAGCCAAAAGAUAAGUUUUUACUUUAAAAGUGCAGAAAGUCAUAUUAAUCACAGACAGUAACAAAAAAGGUUCCAUUGACUGAAUGAACUCUUUCUGAGUUGUAACAGGUUUAAUAAAUGAUGGUACUGUAAAUGAAAACUGGUUGACAUCGUAAAUUUGCCCUGUGUUUUAUUUGUGUCAGUCAUGUCUUAGGUUCACCAGUAGGUGGCAUGCAAACACACGUUUCGGUUUAUGAAGGUUAUAAAAGAAACUUGAAAGCUUAAGGUGGUUCCUGGAAAUGGAAUACUUAAGGUGGUUCCUGGAAAAUAUGUGCGAAAAUACUGUUUGCGUGUGAGUUAGUGCUCUUUAACCAGCAUGUUAAGUUUUAAUUUAGGGAAGGAGCAGGAAUUACAUUUUUAAAUUUGAGUGCAGUGUUUGUAUUGGCUGCUUUAUUCAACCUUUAUCUCUUUUCAGAUAGGCUAACUAUGGUUACCAAUUAAACCUAUUAUGUUACAAUGAUCGUUUUACACUACUAAUAAAUUAAUAUAUUGGACUUCAUAUAUCCAAUA